GUUGUCCCAUUUUUACCCUAAAACCCCAAGAGGCAAUGAUGCAGACGCACAGUGACUAAGAAACGGAAAGGAGGAAACCUAAAGAGGAACCAGGCUCUGAGGGGUGGCCAGUCGUCGUUGGUUAUGCUAACAGUGUGUCUCUCCACAGGUAAUGCACUGCUCCCAGACUUCUUCCUGGAUGAGGCUGAGGCUCUGAUGCAGAACAUGGGGGAUCAGGUUGUCAUCCCAGUGGUUAAGGGUGACCCACGCAGCGCUGCUACCAGUGGGCCCAUAGCAGAAACAUUCAAUAUCAUCAAGGGAGUCCUCAACCCGGACAUUGUCAAAUCCACUGGAGGAGUCUACAAAUUCGACCUGUCUGGUGAGCAUGCAGGAGUGUGGUUCUGUAGACAUGAAGAGCGGGGGGCAGUGCGGGUAGUGGAGAACCUGAUCAAAGCUGACGUGGUCAUGACCAUGGACAGCGCCGACUUCACCAAGAUGUUCGCAG